UAGUAUUAGUUGAAAUCAGUGCACUCAGUGGUAUCGCAUUCGCAUGUCAUUUUGUAUUUCAUACAAUAAAUAAAUUAUUACAUCCUCCGAUACGGCAAAUGCAGUUGUUGCGAGUCCGCCCGAGUUAUCUUCAGUACGCGGGCAUUCUUUCAAAUUUAUUGACCAAUAAAUGUCUGGUUUUUCGAAGAUAAAUGUAGAUACAGAUCUCAGGGCACCUUAGACACCAUCAGUAACUGGUCGGAAAAAGCACAACAGCGGGAGUUGUGGAGAUCAAGGGGAGAGGCCUUUGCCCAGCAGUGGGACUCUUUAACGGGCUAUAAAAAAAAAAGGGCUGUGCAAAAAUUUACUACAUUCAACAGUUAACAAUGUUUGGAUGUUUCGUAAGCAAGCAAGCUAAUCAAGUGUCUUCGGACAGUAGCGCCGCCCGCGCCAGGGAACAGCCCGAGAUGGCUUGUGCCGUGGUGGACGAGCGCCUCCGCGACGACGCGACUGUUCACAGUGAAGACAAACCAUGUGGAUACCAGAGGAUACACACCGGAGAGAAACCAUUCUAUCACUGUAGUUACUGUGAUUAUAAAACUCAUAAAAAACAACACAUACAAAAUCACCUAACAACACACACUGGCGACAAGCGUCAUAAAUGUAGUUAUUGUGACUACAAGUGCAGAGAUCGUUUUUCGUUACGAAGACACAUGAGGAAACAUACUGGCGAGAAACCUUUUACUUGUAGCUACUGUGAUUAUAAAUGCACUCUGAAAAUAAACUUAAAAACACACCAGAUGAUACACACUGGAGUAAAGCCAUAUAAGUGUAGUGUUUGCGACUACAGGUGCAGUCGAAAAGGAAACUUGAUAAUACACCAGAGGGUACACACCGGAGAGAAGCCGUACAAGUGUAAUCAUUGCGAUUACAAGAGCAGUCAAAAGUCAACCUUACGUACACACGAAAUGACACAUACUGGCGAAAAGCCUUUUCAGUGUAGUCACUGCGAUUUCAAAUGCAGUCGGAAAACAGAUUUAAAUAAACACCAGAUGAUACACACUGAGGUACUUCGUGCAGGCAUUAUGGAGCAUAACACGCCAGCGUGCAGUAUGGAGGCAGAGGAGGUGUGUGUGAAGGCGGAGCAAGGAGAUGUGUGUGUGAAGACAGAGCCAGAAGAGAUGUAUGUGAAUACGGAGCCUAGUGAAGUGUGUGUUAAGGCAGAGCUCGGAGAGGUGUGUGUGACGACAGAGCCCGGAGAGGUUUGCGUGAAAACGGAGCCUAGAGAAGUGUGUGUUAACGCAGAGCCCAGAGAGGUGUGUGUGACCACAGAGCCCGGAGAGGUUUGCGUGAAAACGGAGCCUAAAGAAGUUUGUGUUGAAAUAAAGCAGGGACAGAUAUGUGUGAAGACGGAAUCCAGAGAAGUGUGUGUGAAAACUGAGCCCGGAGAGGAGUGUGUUGAAGAGGCCGGAGAUGUGUGUGUGAAGGAGGAGCGGAGGUGCGAUGACGGUGCGAGCUCGCGCGAAGUGAGCGCGGCAGCCGCACUAGCUGGACUGUAUACCGACCAUAAGGUCAAGGACGAGCUCGUGAUGGGCCCCGAGGAGUGGCACCGCCCGAAAGUGCUUCCAGUGUCUUCGGACAGUAGCGCCGCCCGCGCCAGGGAACAGCCCGUGAUGGCUUGUGCCGUGGUGGACGAGCGCCUCCGCGACGACGCGACUGUUCACAGUGAAGACAAGCCAUGUGAAUACCAGAGGAUACACACCGGAGAGAAAACAUUAUAUCACUGUAGUUACUGUGAUUAUAAAACUCAUAAAAAACAACACAUACAAAAUCACCUAACAACACACACUGGCGACAAGCGUCAUAAAUGUAGUCAUUGUGUCUACAAGUGCAGAGACAGUUCUUUGUUACGAAGACACAUGAGGAAACACACUGGCGAGAAGCCUUUUACUUGUAGCUACUGUGAUUAUAAAUGCACUCUGAAAAUAAACUUAAAAACACACCAGAUGAUACAUACUGGAGCUAAGCCAUAUAAGUGUAGUGUUUGCGACUACAGGUGCAUUCGAAAAGGAAACUUGAAAAUACACCAGAGGGUACACACCGGAGAGAAGCCGUACAAGUGUAAUCAUUGCGAUUACAAGAGCAGUCAAAAGUCAACCUUACGUACACACGAAAUGACACACACUGGCGAAAAGCCUUUUCAGUGUAGUCACUGCGAUUUCAAAUGCAGUCGGAAAACAGAUUUAAAUAAACACCAGAUGAUACACAUUGGGGUAAAGCCAUUUCAAUGUAGCUACUGUGAUGAAAACUUCAGUCAGAAACCACACUUAAAAAUACACUUGAUGACACAUCCUAGAGAGAAACCAUUUGAAUGUAGGGAUUGCCACUACAUAUGUAGACAGAAGAAGCGCUUUCUAGCUCACCGACGAACACACCGGAGAGAAGCCGUACACAUGUAGUCAUUGCGACUACAAGUGCGAACAAAGGUCAAACUUACGAAAACAUGAGAGGGCACAUACUGGUGAAAAGCCUUUUCAGUGUAGCCACUGUGAUUAUAAAUGCCGUGAUAAAUCAAACCUAGGACUUCACCAAAAGAAGCAUACUGGGAUAGAGAAUAACACUAGAGCAAUAGCAACAAGUACAGCCUGAAACAGCACAUGCGAAGACAC